CCGGGCCGCCCCCUUUUGUUGGCGGCCUCGGGGCCGGCGGGGUCCCUAGGGCAGCCGGCCGGGGGCCCUCGGCGGGGCCCAGCGGCCUCGGCACCCACCCGUGGGCGCCUGCGCCGCCCCCGGUGCCUGACAUGGCGGCCCUCGCCGGGGCGGGUGGGUCCCGGCGGCUCCCGUGGGAGCGGACAGCGCUGCGGGCCGGCCUGCGCCCUGGGGGGCCGGGGCCCCGCUGGCUGUGCCCCCGCCCGGCCCCGUGGGGUGGGGUCCUGCGCAGGGCGGAACCCUGCAGCCCUUUCGCGAGAGGGUGGGGACCCCCCGAGGGCGAGCGAGCUCUGUUAGCCGGGAAGCAUCUCUCUUCGGGGUCUGCCUCCCCGUGCCUCGGCCGAGAAGUCUGUUUUAAGGUCUUGAUAGGAGGCCUACCUGGGCAUUUCAAAGCAGAGGAGGCUCUUCUGCAACUCGGGUGCUUACAGGUGUUUCUUUUCUGUUCUGACAGAAUUGUUGCCAUGGCGACUCAAGUGCUGGGACAGUCUGGUGGGAACAGCCUCUUUCCUGGCAGUGCUAAUAUCGGUGUGGCUUUGUCCAAUGACAUGUAUGACUUACACGACCUUUCUAAAGCUGAGCUGGCAGCUCCUCAGCUUAUUAUGUUGGCAAAUGUUGCCUUGACGGGAGAAGUCAAUGGCAACUGCUGUGAUUACCUGGUUGGAGAAGAGAGGCAAAUGGCAGAACUGACAACGGUGGGGGACAGCAACUUCUCAGACAGCGAUGGAGAGGGAAUGGAAGAUAGCCAGGCUGUGGAGAAUGACCGCGAGGCACCUGAAAAUGCGGAAUUAAGCUCUCUUGAAGUUCCUAGCGUGGAAACCCAAGGUGCAGCUGCUUGCCCCUCUCCUAAGACUCCCAGUGGGGACAAAGAUGGCUCAUUGGAAGCACCAGCUACGCCAGAGAGCACAGAGGACAAGUCUAAGAGCUUGAAGAGCAAGCCGUUUCGUUGUAAGCCUUGCCAGUAUGAGGCAGAGUGUGAGGAGGAGUUUGUGCAUCAUAUCAGAGUUCACAGUGCUCAGAAAUUCUUUGUGGAAGAAAGUGCAGAAAAGCAAGCCCAGCUGAAGGAGUCUGAUUCUUUCCUCGCAGAAGAGGUGGAUUUCUCUAAAGGCCCAAUCCGUUGUGAUCGCUGUGGCUAUAACACUAACAGAUACGAUCACUAUCUGGCUCACUUGAAGCACCACAACAAAGCAGGGGAAAAUGAGAGAGUCUACAAGUGUACCAUAUGCACUUAUACUACCGUCAGUGAAUAUCACUGGAAGAAACACUUAAGAAAUCAUUUUCCCAGGAAAGUGUAUUCUUGCUCACAAUGCUCCUAUUUUUCAGAUAGGAAGAACAAUUAUAUUCAACAUAUUCGAACUCACACAGGAGAGCGACCCUAUCGAUGUGCUAUGUGUCCUUAUUCCAGCUCUCAGAAGACCCAUUUAACUAGGCACAUGCGCACCCACUCAGGUGAGAAGCCAUUCAAAUGUGAUCAGUGCAGCUAUGUGGCCUCAAACCAGCAUGAAGUAACUCGUCACGCAAGGCAGGUUCACAAUGGGCCGAAGCCUCUGACUUGCCCACACUGUGACUACAAAACAGCUGACCGCAGCAAUUUCAAAAAGCACGUUGAGCUCCACCUCAACCCACGCCAGUUCCUCUGUCCUGUUUGUGAUUACGCAGCGUCUAAAAAAUGUAACCUGCAGUAUCACAUCAAAUCCAGGCAUCCUGAUUGUUCUGACAUCACCAUGGAUGUUUCAAAGGUGAAGCUACGGACUAAAAAGAGCGAAGAUGACUUUUCUGAGGGCAUUAAUGGCAAAGGAGAGAAGGAACAAACAAAAGGGGAUUCAGCUGCAAAGAAAACUGAGAAAAUUGUGAAAGUGGAGAAAAAAGAUAAUUUAGCAAAGGAAAAGAAGCCGACGAGUAAUGUGUCUGCAGGCCAGGUGACAACCAGAAGCCGGAAGUCUGCUUCAAAACCCAAGGAGGUGGAUAUUAAAACUGAGAAAAAUACUGAGAAAACAUGUAAAACGAAGAAGAACAAAAGAAAGGCAGAGGCUGAAGUAACUUCCUCAAAGCAAGAGCCAGCAGAUGAUACUUCAGCAGUAACAAAAAAGAAAAAGAAAGUGGAAGCUAAACCCAGAGACUACCAUGAAGCUCAAAGAAGUGACAUUGUACCAGAGGAGGAGCCUAAAAAGCAAAAUUCUUGCCUCAAGAAAAACAGAAAAAAGAAAUCUCUGAAAAAUAGUCAUGGUAAAAAAAGCAGUAAACUCGAUCAGGAGAAGACUGAGGAAGAGGAGAUGCCAGAUGAGUGUCAUACCACAGAAGAAGAUAGAUCUAUGAAGCCUGAAACUGAGGGCAGUGACCAGAAAGAGCAAGAGGCCACUGACACAGUGGCAUUAAAUAAUGAUGGUGGUCAUGCACUGAAAGCGAAGAGCACCAGUCCUGGAGGAAGCUGCAUACAAGAUCCAGGGCAGCUGUGUGUGCCAGCUCAGGGUGCAAACACAGAAGAUGAAGUAGAGGACCAAGAAAUGCCAGCUGCAGCAGAAGAGAGCAAAGACACUGUUGGUGAUGAAAAAGAGGAGAAAAAGGUGGACAAAGGGGAAGACACUUGCUCUGAGGAAUCUUCCCAUGUAGUGUCUUCUGAAAAAAGCUUGGAUGUGCCCACAGAUGUGGUACUAGAUCUGGCGCCUCAGAAGAAGCCAGAGGAAACCUUUGUGGCAGAAACUGUGAGUAACUCAGACCUGAUGGACCUGACCAAGACAUGCCUGCCAGCGACAGAGCCAACAGGAGAUGCCGUGCCAGCACCUGCACCCCCGGAAGGAUGUACACAAAGCCCUAAAGUAGAUCUGGCCUUGUCAUCUCCAGAGAACACAGCAGUGAAUGAAUCUCAGGAAAUGGAGGAAGAUGAGGGCAUCCACAGCCACGAAGGCAGUGACAUCAGUGACAACAUAUCAGAAGGAAGCGAUGACUCGGGGUUAAAUGGUGCUCGCUCCAUACAAGAGGAAACAAGUCCAAAGACAUCACAAGGAGCUGCAGACACUACAGUGGCCAGUCAGAACUAUGUGUGCAUUUUUUGUGACCGCUCAUUUAAAAAGGAAGGUGAAUACAGCAAGCACCUCAAUCGCCACUUAGUUAAUGUGUAUUAUCUUGAGAAGGCAGCAAAAGGGCAAGAGUAGAAAUAGCUGUGGCUUGGGAGAAUUUUCUUUUGUAAGAUCUUAUACAACUUAUGUACAGAUAUUGUAGAUUUUUUUUUUUUUUAAGCACGGUUUGCUUUACUAUCUGCAUUGAUUUGUUUUUUGGUUUAAUUUUUUUUUUUAAAGUUGAAAAUAUUUUUGACAACUUUUUGUUUAACUGUUGAAUCUAUUCCAUAGAGAAGGUAGGUAGGGUGUAUGAGGCUGCAUCCCGUAAAGUCAGUGUAAGCUUCUUGUCUAUUAGCUUAUGCAAUGCUUUUAUAAAUUGAAUUUUAGGAACAAGACUUUAGCUAACAAUACACAAGUUGGAUGUUUAUAGAGCCACUGGCAUUAGUUGCUUUUUGUUCUAGCAGCCAAAUCCUCUCUCUCCCCUCUUCCCUUAUUUUUUUAAAUUUUAUUCUUCUUGAUAUAUCUUAAUGUUCUAAGUGUUAAACUACUUGAUGGUUUUUCUACCAGGAAGAUAGCUUCUAUUACAUAAAGAGCACUUUGUAAAAUAAAUCAAAGUUGGCUAGUGAUGAACAUAGUUGUUUAAGAUAAUUAUAAUUGUGAAUAUACAUUUCAGAUCCCCUGAGCGUGAAUGGUGAGCCAAAAUUUGGGAGCAGUCCUUCCAACUUUUAUUGGAGAAUCUCUGUCUUGAUUAGUAUCUUAAUUACUAUGAUAUUUAAUUGGCUUUCAUGUGGGGGAGCAAGUUUGUUAUUUUUAAUUUCUGGUUGGAUUGUUUGUUGGGUUGUUUUUUUUAUUGUGCUUUAAGGGCUUAAAAUAUUGCACAUUGUUUUUGAUUUUUACCUAUGCAGUUUAAUCCUUUAGGAAUAGCGCUUGUGCAGUACAUGUACACUUUAUAUAUGCAUGUUUGGUUUUGUUUGUAUACAUUUUUUAUUUGGAAAUGUUCAGAUUCGUUGCUUACCAAGGAACAGUUUUCUGUGAUGCUUUUUGCUGCAGAUUUGUCUUGGUUUCCUGGGGUAUUAUUAAUUGUGCAUGAAGUUGCUGAAAUCAUGAACUGCUUGGCUAUAUAUUUUUAACUGGCUUUAAAAUUGUGUAGUUCUUGAGCAAAAGGAUACCCGUGCAAUUUCAAAACACUAUUUUUGCCAUGAAAAUGCUACUACUUAUAUUUUGAAUACACAUACAGAGUAAUAAGUUCUAAUUUAUAAUUUGGGAUCACCAGACAGGAAAAUACUCCCAGGGGAAAUGGCCUGCAGAUUCUGCAAGUCCAGAUGAUUUUUUUUUUUUUUUUGCCCCUCCCCUUUUAAAUGACAGCAGUCAAACUUGGUGAGCUUUAAAAAAAUAGUAGCAGUGAUAUAAAUAUGGUUCAAAAAAAUCUAACAUUUAGCAUACCAAAAUACAAAAUAAAGAUACAUCAAGUGGUAAGCAUCAAACCUGUCAUUAAAAACUGUAGGAAUUUCUGCUCCUUAUUCAUUCAAAUUGCAUUUAAUAAGAUCAUCCUACUUCCAUGCAGAGAGAAACACGUAAAUGAUCAGAUUGUCAUCUCAGGUCUACAUGUCACACCAGUAGUUUUUAAUUCUGAAGAGAUUUAAUAUCUGGCACACACAAACACAAGAGAGAUUGCAUACUUACUGCUUGUAGCCAGCCAGUGGCAAAAUGUAAACAAAAUCCAGAAGGGAAAAAGCAAAACCCUGCACUCUCAUCUGUGCACUCUUCUGGCUUUUGUUAACCAGCCUUUCAGUGGGAGCAGUUGGGGGUAGCUUCCCUGGUUGGUGACACCAAAGCAGCAAAUUUGGAGGCAGGUGUUACUUGGAGAGUGGAGUUGAGGAGCCCAGACAGUAUUUGUCAGGGCACUUUAUGGCAAAUGCUCAUAAUGUAAGCUCUGGAAGAAACCCUAUUCUCUGCAUGUUCCCACAGCAUCUUCCCCUCCAAACAAACCCUUGAAUGAAUAGAGAGCAAUAAUGCUGCAUUGCUUCUGCUUUUGGGAGAGUUUGGUAAUAGGAGGCCAAAGAUUUGAGAGGGAAGGCAUCCCUCAUGGCAGAAAUAAAUUGUAUAAUGUAUAGUGAGUUUUUGUUUGCUUAGAUAGUUUUCAAUUCUUACCUUGGCUGUGACAAUCAUUGUCAACUGAAGAUCAAGUUGCAACUAUAUUUAUGUUAAACAUUAAUAAAAUAAACCUAGUUGAAUCAUUUUCCUAAACAACCAUUUGUAAUAGUGUUAGAUGUAUUUUUUUUUCUUCAUAAUAGUGUUUCCUUUAUAUAUAAAAGUUGCCACCAUUUGUGAGCGAUACGAGCAGAUGCUGGGAAUUCUAGUACUGUGUAGAGGUUUUAUAGCUCCCUUCAUAUCCUUGCGAAGAGCCUUUGCCGUCUUGUGAGAGACUUCAAGGACUUCAGCCAUGUUCAAAUAAACUUGUGGACUGGCCUGAUAAUUUUUCUGGUUUGUUCUUCAGUGAAAAGAAUGGUGUUGACUGACUUUCAAUCUCUUUAUGAAAUAAAACCCAAGAUGUGGUUCUCUUGAGAUAACCUGCUGCACAUUUCUGUGAAGUGGUCAAGGUUUCAAUGCUUGAUCUGACAAGAACUCUUUGAAGACAACAGUCAGCUCCUGUUCUGCAGUGUUUCUUACCACAAGAUUAGAAACUGUAUAUAAAUUAUUAACAUAUUAAGAAGAAGAAAAAUUGAUUACUUCUAUUUGAGACCCAUCAACAUUGUCCUAAAAUACCUAGUGUUGGUGCAGAACCGUAUUGGAAUUUUCCUCUUGGUUAAGACCAAGGUUUGAGAGUAUGUUAUGGUAAAGCAGUAAGGAUGUAAUGUGUUAUAUGUACCUAAAAUGUUAGACAUUGCUAAUAUUGAGUAUUGGGGGGGGGGGGAUGUGGGGCAGGGCGUGUGUGCAGGUCAGGUAACCCACCAUGUAUGGUGGUCUUACAUUGCUGUAUCUCUCUUUAAACAAUGCCUUCUUUUUUUAGUUUUUCAAUAUUCUUAAAUUAUUUUGUGUUGAUUUUGCCAAUGCUAGCAUUUUUGUGGUUUUUGGCAAUAAUACUUGUACAAGUGUUAAACCUCCGAUAUGUGAUUGGAAGGAUUAGCACACUGAUAACCCUGCACUGCCAGCCCUGGGCUGAGCAAUGUGGUGUUUCAGGCUUUUGCUGUGUAAAUCUACAUUGAAAGUAACUGCCCUGAGAAAUGGUCUCAGAGUGCAUAGCUAGGCAUUAAUAAUCCAUGGUAUUGUAAUUGCUGUUUCUGGAUUUUGAUGAUAUAGGCUGGAACUUCAGUCGUUUAAAGAAGAAAGUUCAACAACUGACAGGCCAGUUAAGAUGUGGUAACAUCAUUGAUUUCAACAGAUUUAAUUGAUUCCAACAGAUUUAAUGUAGCUGAAAGGUAUUAAAUCAAAUGAAAGAAUUUUCUUGAAUUUCAGUUUUGUAGAUAUGUGACGUGCCUACAAUAUUAACAGAAUCCAAAUAGCUGAUGGAAUUUUUUUAUGUGUACAUAUAUUUUUUCCCCUCUAAAAUUACACUAGCUAACAAACUUUUGUAAGUUGGCAUGGAAACAUGUUUAUGAUGUUUAGUUGCACCAUGUUUGAUGCUUUUUACAGUGCAAUACUUGUAUCCUCUGAAUGAAACCAAAGGUAAUUUUUUCAUGCUCUCUCUACUGCAGUGCAUGACAGUCUUUUCUACGUUUGUAAUAGAUGUAAAACAAGGCAGAUCAUACAUCCUGUUUGUACCUAAAACAUGUAUAAGAAGUCUUUUGUCCAAAAUGUAGUAUAAAGUUAAACUAAGUUGCAUUAUAUUAACCCUUACAAGUGUAUUUUCCUAAGCAUAGUUAUGAUUAAAUAAACUUUAUUAAAGAACUUGCCA